AUGUCGGCAUCAGCAGAUUAUGAUUCAAAGAAGAGAAAAAUUUUGGAGGCUUCUGAUUCAGUUGAUCAAAUUGUUUCGGAUGAAAAUGAUAGACUCAUUGAUCAAGUUUCUGAUGCGCUUCAUCGAUUGACUCUACAAAAACGAGCUGAUUCAAUGGUAAUGGCAUUGGUCGAUGAUAAAAGACAAGUUUCAUCAUCAUCAUCUUCCCGUGAUGAAAGGCUUGAUUCUCUCCAGCAAAUGCAACAAGAAAAAGUUGUUGUGUUGAAAGUUGGUGGAAAAUUCUUUAACACAACAAUGAGAACUUUGGUGGGAGAAAGAGGAAGAAAAUUAGAAAAUUUGGAUAAUGACGAAGAAAUGAAGGAAGGUGAAGAAGAAAAACAAGAUGAAGACGAAAACGAUGAAAAAGAAGAAACAAAAGAUGAUGAUUGUGAAUAUGUCACAGCACAACCGAACUUGUUCAAAGUCAUGUUUGAUUCUGGAAUUGGCAUUGAGAGAGAUGAAGCAAACAAGUCUGCAAUUUCAUUCCCUGAUAGAAAUCCAGACUAUUUCGAAUAUGUUUUAGAGCACUUGAGACAGGGAGGAAAAGUUAAAUCGCUUGGUGUUGAGAAAUUGAAUGCCAAUCAGUUGGAGAACAUUUUGGAAGAGUCCAAUUAUUUUGCAACUGAAAAGUUAUCAGAGUACAUUCUAUUCUUACUCGAAAAGUAUCACAAGUUACAUGGGUCGAAUUUGGGCAAGUUUGCUGAAACAGAAGAUCAGAAUUCAGAAUCUAAAUCAUUAAUAGUACCUCAAAAGGUUGAAAUUCCAAUUGAACAAGUUAGACAAAGACUCCUUCUAGUUGAAGAUUCCAUCAAUGAAUCAAAGAAGGUGGCCAAAGAAUUAUCACUCAAAUUAGUUAGCAAGUACCAGAACUUCAUCUUGGGAAAUGAUUUAGAGACUGACCUGUCUGUUAAAAUUGAUGUUUCUGGUCAAAUUUUCACAAUUCCUUUUGCCAUUUUGCAACAGCAUGAAACUUUCCUCAUUUCCAAGUACAUUUUAGCACCAAAUUUUUGUUUGAAUGAGAAUGGGUGCAUCUUUAUUGAUAGAAGUCCAAAGUUAUUCGCCCUUAUUCAUUCAUAUAUGAUUAGUGGCAAAUUUACUCAUUUCCCAAAAAACCUCUCAAGGGAAAAGAAACAUCAAUUGAAGCAAGAAGCAGAAUUUUAUGGUGUCAUCUCUAUUAUUAAUGAUUAUCUUGAUCCAUUACGUUACCCAGUUGAAAAGAUUGGCCAAGACAAUAUUGAAUUGAAAGAAAAGGAAGACAAAUUGAGAGAAAUAUAUGCAAAGGAAAGAGAAUCACCAUUAUUGAACGAUCCAUAUCUAUUACUAUCACCUCUCUUCCAAAAUUUAGAAGAAAUUAAUGAUCAAGAAAAGUACAGAAUUGAUUUUGGAGAAUGUCCUAAAUUAUUAGAUUUAUCUGACAAAACCAGAUAUUCCAGACAAGUUUCUAAACCUCAACUUUUAACUAAUUUGGGCGCUUUCAAAUUGAAUUGGCAUAGAUUCACGCAAGGAGCACUCAAAGGUGGUGGUAUUCUUGCUUGUUGUUUGAAACCUGACACUUCCGAAAAUAUCAGUACCGUUGGUCUUAAUUUACCACGCAAUGGUUCUGAAAGAAAAAAGUCUUCCAAACCAAUGAUGGAUGAUAAUGAAGAGAAUGAUGUUUCAGAUUUUGGUUAUUGGAAAAGAUUGAAAAAAGAAUCAUCAGCAGAGGAAGGUGAGUCAUUAACACAAACAAAGCUUGAUAAGGAUAGAUAUCUUAGGGGGGACACGACUAUAUACAGGUUUCUUAGUUACACAACAGACGAUAAGAGAACAAAUUUGAGAAAUCUUGAGAAAAUAUAUACACCCAUCAUUUCUAAAACAACAGCUGUUCCUGUGGUGGAUGAAAAGAAAGAAGACGCUUUUUUCAUUCCAGAGGCAAAUAUUCCAAGCUCAUUUAAAAAUUCAGAUAUUGAUCUCUUUCUGUAUGCUCUAAGUGAAGAACAAGCAGAAGAAAAAAUCAAUCACAUUUAUCAAACCAUUAAGAAAAAUAUGAGAUCUAGAUUAAUUACAAAAUAUUCUGAAAAAACUAAUAGUCAAGAUUUCUUAAGCGGAGAAAUGGUCAGGGCUUAUGAGGAUGGUGUUAUCAGAACUGAAGAAUGUACGGUUAAUGAUGAUGUUCUGGUUGUUAGAACUAAAUUUGCUGUUACAUUCUAUUGUUACAAACUCAGACCAAUUCAAGUUGUUUUGAGAAUUUACAAAUCACCUGCUGAAGUUUUGUUAGGUUUUGACAUUGAUUGUGCUACUAUGGGGUAUGAUGGAUAUCAAGUUUGGUCAAGUGAAAGAGCAAGAAGAGCUUUAAUGUAUCAUACUAAUCUUGUUGAUGUUGAUAGACAAUCUACAACUUAUGAAUAUAGAUUAUACAAGUACAGUAAGAGAGGUUUCUCUGUUUCAAUUCCAGGUUAUGAUACUGCUAAAGUUCAAAAUCAAUUGUUGCAAUAUCCACGAAGAUAUUCAUUUAAUUCUACUGAGUAUUUAUUGCAUGGCUUGGCAAGACUUAUUGCUUUCGAUAACUCUUGUCGCUCUAGAUACCCACAACGUGUUUUAGGCGCGUAUGACAGAGAUAACCAAGCACAGUCAAUUGAGGAAAAUUCAGUACUUGUACUUUCUGGUGAGCUAAAUGUCAAGUCAGAUUAUCUUGAUCUGAACAUCAUCAAAUCACACAAAUACCCUCCAAGUAUUAUCUUUGAAACUUUGGAAAGAGCUCGCAAGGUUGUUGCCAAGAUUAAUUUAGAAAAAGAAGAUACCUUUACGCGCUCACUUGAUACGUUUGUUUUAGACAGCAGAUUGAAAGAAAAUACAUCUAACAUUAUAAGAAAGAGAAAUCCAGAUUGGAAACCACACUUUAUUUAUACUUUAAAUGAUAUUGAUACCAUAAUUAAUAAUGAAAUAUUUGAUUCCAGACUCUCCAAGAAGAUUGAGUUUCUUACAGUUGAUCCAGGAACUCAAAAAAUUGGUUCUUUCCAUCCUAAGGAUAUUAACUUUUAUAGAGAUGCCUAUCAACCAGUUCCAUCCACUAAUUUACCUGUUUUAGGUGAUGAAUAUUCCACAAAUACAUACAUUUGGUACAAGUCAAUGACUUCACCUCCAGAACAAGUAAUUAGCAAAACGGACAAAAGAUAUCAAAAAUUACCUGUUAGAACUGCUCCUUUUUAUUCACUUACCAAUGAAGUAGUAUGGUUCGAAGUGUUGACACCAGAAGAAAGCAACACAAUAGAGACUGAAUACAGAAAGUUUAUAAAUUUUAAAAAAAUGACUGAAAAUCAUCAGGUGGAAAUGGAUGACUUGUUUUCAUCGUCAUCAUCCGAUGAUGAAGAAUACAACAAUACUACACUAUCAUCAACAACAAGAACAAAAAAUCAAAAAGAAGAAAAGUCUGAAGAUGAAGAAGAAUUGGAUUACAUGGACGAUCAAUUUAUCAAAUCCCUUGAAUCCGUUGAUCACGAAAGGCUUCCAAAUAUUCAUCCAUCAGAAGCCUUUCCGUCCAAGAAACUCUCCUUCCGAAAUGUUCCUCUCGAAUUGAUUCAAGCCUACAACACGGCUCGAGAGGAGAAACAAUUUAAAAAGGCUCAUCAUUUGAAGAAACAAAUUCGUGAUUAUAACAUCAAGGAGGAAAUGUUGGAAAAGGCAAAAUUGUCUCUUUCAAAGAGUUUGAUUGUACAGGAGGAGGAAAAGGAAGCUGGAAAACAAUCGGUUGGACUCAAAUUGUUGAAAAGAAUGGGAUUUGAGCAAGGAUCUGGAUUGGGAAAGAAUAAUCAGGGAAGUGUUGCUCCAAUUAGUAUUGAUAAACAGUUGGAUUACUUGAUGGAGAGUAUGGAUUCAAAGAUGAAGAAACCAAUUAUUGGACUUGAUGAAGUGCAAGUAAUGAAGAGAGACGAGAUUGAGAAAUUUAAAAGUGAAAUGGAACAAAAGCAAGAAAAAAAAGCUCCCCUCACUGAGGAGGAAUUUACCAAAAUUAUGAGGGAAAAACAUAAGGAACAAAAGAAGAAACGUAAAAUUAGAAUGGCUUUGACUGAGGAUGCUGCUGAGGCAGUUGCUAAAAAGGUAAAACAAGAUGAAGAAUGGGAAGAGUUUGAGGAUUUUUAA